UGUAGUUCUUGUGAUAGUUUGCAAAUGCGCAAACUAGCGUACUCCAUUUACCGCCAAUAUCCUCAUUUCAAACCUAGACAAUUUGAGGAAGCACGACGCGGCGAUCUUAAAGUUGAAAGGGACCUUCUUUGCCUGUUGAAAAAAUGCGUCUCCGUGAACCAAUUGCGAGAGAUUCAAGCACAUAUGUUCGUACACUCCGUCACCGACAAACCCAAUUUUCUGAUUCGCAGGGCCGUCGAGCUUGGGGACUUCAAUUAGGCCUCUUUUCUCUUAUCCGUCACGGAAGAACCGAACCACUACUCUUUCAAUUACAUGAUCCGAGGGUUGACUAACACUUGGCAUGAUCACGGAGCUGCUCUGUCUCUGUAUCGUCGCAUGAAGUUUUCUGUUAAGCCUGAUAAUUUCGUUGUCAUUGCUUGAGGAAAUCUUGAAGAGUUAGGGGGUGGUAGAUCUGUUCAUUCUUCGUUGUUGUUCAAAGUCGGCUUGGAAAGAGACGAUCAUACAAAUCACUCUUUGGUCAAGUUGUAUGCAAAGUGCGGUGAGGUGGAUUAUGCCCGUAAGGUCUUCGACGAAAUUCCUGACAGAGGUACGGUGUCUUGGAACUCGAUAAUCUCUGGGUAUUCUGAGGCAGGUCUCGAAAAAGACGAUUUGGAUUUGUUUAAGAAGAUGGAGGAUGAAAGAUUUGAACCAGAUGAGAGGACGUUGGUGAGUAAGUUGGGUGCUUGUGCACAUUUGGGGGAUUUGACAACUGGUAGAUUGCUUGAGGAGAUACCCAUUACCAAAAAGGUCGGGUUAAGCACGUUCCUCGGGCCUACAUUGAUCAGUAUGUAUGGAAAAUGCGGCGAUUUGGAUUCAGCCAGAAGGUUUUUCAAUCAAAUGAUUAAGAAGGAUCGAGUUACUUGGAAUGCUAUGAUCACUAUAUACUCACAAAAUGGUAAGGCAAGUGAAGCUUUUAAACUGUUAUAUGAGAUGGAAAAAGGAGUUUCCCUGGAGACCUACGUUUUAGAUAUUGGCUUGCAAUGUAACAUCUAUGAGGCCGCAGUACUAGUCCACAUGCACGGAAAGUGCACUCAUAUAGAGGAAGCUCUGAGAGUAUUUGAAGAUCCAGUGAAAAACGAAGCCACUUGGAACGCUAUGAUAACCGUUUAUGCGCAUCAUGGACAUGCUAAAGAAGCUCUUUUGCUGUUUGAUCGAAUGUCAGUUCCUCCAAGUGAAGUUACAUUCGUUGGAGUGCUCUCUGCUUGUGUGCAUGUCCGUUUGCUCGAUCAAGGCUGUGGUAUUUUCCAUGAAAUGAGUUCUUUGUACGGGUUGGUCCCAAAAGAGCAUUACACAAACAUAAUCGAUCUCCUGUCUCGUGGGGGAUUGUUAGAAGAGGCUUGGAAGUUCAUGGAGAGGUAUCCUGGGAAGCCUGAUGAGACCAUGUUAGCAGCGAUCCUUGGAGCGCGUCAUAAGAGAAAAGAUGUGGGGAUUGCAGAGAAGGGGACGAGGAUGUUGAUGGAGAUGAAGGAAGUGAAAAAUGCGGAAAAUUUUGUCAUCUCUUCAAAGGUUGUUGCUGAUAUGAAGAUGUGAGGUGACUGUGCGAAGAUGAGGGCGUUGAUGAGAGACAGAGGCGUCAUUAAGACACCAGGACGCAGCUGGAUUGCGAUCGACGGCGAGACAAUGGAGUUUUUAGCCGGAAGCGAUUAAUUACAGUGUGGCACGGAAGAAUCCGGUUUGUUGGUGGAGGAGAUGAAGAGGGAAAGGUAUGACUUUGUAGGAGAAGUUUGAUUUGUGUUUGUUCCAUCCACCUGUGACUUUUUUUCUGAGAGAGACUAAAAUAUUAGUAUAGUGAAAUACUGAAAUUUGGUGUGAACUAAAUAAAAGCUGUAUGUAAAAUAGUAUAAUAUGAAAAGAAAAGUCACGUAACUCGGCUUAUCUGA